UCCUAGAACGUCUGGAAAAUUCUCUCCCCUUCUUUAAGCGCUUGUCAGACGUUUGGCUGCUAAACAACGUGGACUUGGAGCUACCUCUCAUCCUGCCCGGAUACAAGUGUGACUGGUGCACAACGUUAGCACGGUUUCAACGCGGCUAGCUCUAAGCUGUAGCGUAUUAUUUUAUUUACAGCGGCAUUCACGAGUUAGUGAGGAUACCGAAGAGGUUUAAGAAGCGUUAGUUAGCAAGCUAGCGUUGACCUUAGUAGGGUUGUUGCUUGCUGCAAUUGACGUGAAUUGAGAAGUAGCAUUAGUUAGCUUUAGCCACCUAUUAGUCAGUGUUAGUUUGAAUUGGAGUGCAGGUCAGAGUAGAAGAUAGAAAACUACUUAAUGACAAUGACUGCAGAGGAGCAGACAACUGAAGGACAAAACACCAUCCCAAUGGAAGGAGAGGAUAUCACGCCAAAGAAAGACGGGGGUGUUUUAAAGCUGGUGAAAAGGGAAGGCACAGGCACAGAGCUGCCCAUGACUGGUGACAAAGUCUUCGUACAUUAUGUAGGCACACUUCUGGAUGGUACUCAUUUCGACUCGAGCAGAGACAGGGGAGAGAGGUUUUCCUUCGAGUUGGGCAAAGGUCAAGUGAUAAAGGCAUGGGAUAUCGGCGUAGCCACAAUGAAAGUGGGGGAGUUGUGUCAGCUCAUCUGUAAGCCAGAGUAUGCUUAUGGGUCUGCAGGCAGCCCACCUAAGAUACCCCCCAAUGCCACUCUUGUUUUUGAGGUGGAAUUGUUUGAAUUUCGAGGCGAGGACAUAACCGAAGAUGAGGAUGGAGGAAUUAUCCGUCGCAUUAUUACUAAAGGACAGGGAUAUUCCAAACCUAAUGAAGGAGCUGCUGUUGAAGUAACUGUGGAGGGUUCCUGUGAAGGACGUGUAUUUGAUGAGAGAGAACUGAAGUUUGAGAUCGGAGAUGGAGAGAGUCUUGGCUUGCCAGCUGGAGUGGAGAAAGCUAUUAUGGCUAUGGAGCAGGGAGAGGAGGCACUCUUCACUAUAAAGCCUAAGUAUGGUUUUGGGACUGCAGGAAAUUCAAAGUAUAAUAUUCCGGGCGGGGCAACACUGCAGUACAAAAUCAAGUUGAUAACUUUUGAGAAGGCUAAGGAAUCAUGGGAGAUGAAUACAGCAGAGAAACUGGAACAAAGCAGUGUUGUCAAAGAAAAAGGAACGCAGUAUUUUAAGGAGGGAAAAUACAAACAGGCAUCGGUGCAAUACAAAAGGAUUGUGUCGUGGCUGGAACAUGAGUCUGGUUUGUCAGAGGAGGACGAGAAGAAAGCAAAAGCAUUGCGGCUGGCUGCACAUCUGAACUUGGCCAUGUGCUUCCUUAAACUGCAGGAGCCAAACCAAGCUCUAGAAAGCUGUGACAAGGCUCUAGAGUUGGAUCCAUCCAAUGAGAAAGCUUUAUUCCGAAGGGGAGAGGCACUGUGUUGUAUGAAGGAGUUUGACAAGGCAAGAGAUGACUUCCAGCAAGUUGUUCAGCUGUAUCCCACCAACAAAGCUGCCAAGAGCCAGGUGGUUCUUUGUCAGAAACGUAUCAAGGAGCAGCAUGAGAAGGACAAACUCAUCUAUGCCAACAUGUUCCAAAAAUUUGCAGAGAGGGAUUCAAAGAAAGAAGCAGGGAAGGUGAAGACUGACAGCAAGGAGAAUGGCGACGAGGAGAUGGAGAUUGAGAUUGGAGAAAAGGAAGUUGCGAGUGAAGCAAAUGCGUAGAUGAAGACGUCACUGUUAUGGUUCAUUUUCUUCAGACUUUUGUAACUUCAACCAUUUGUGUCUAAGGGGCGUGUGUGUGUGUGUGUGUGAGCGUGUGAGAGCGAGAGAGAGAGAGAACAAGCAUGUCAACAAGAGCACUGAUUUUGGGUGUAUCUUCGCUGGCUUUCUCUGUGUCUGGGCUUUUUGCUGUGGCUGCUAGCGGAGCGGGUGGGGCUUCUCCAGCUGAUGGCACUGUAGGACGUGGUUUUAAUACAUGAAUUUUGUACCACAAACCCCACCCCUGAAUCCUGUCAACCCACGGCUUUGAACUGUGCAUGUGUUUUCACAGCGUUUUGGGUAGGGAAAGGAAAGUGUUAAGUGCAAAGUUUCAAACCUUCACCCGUCAAGGGCUAGACCAUUCACCUUGCACUACCCCUCUGUCCUAAUGCCCUCCUCUCCUGACAUUUUAUGCUAUCCAUCCAACCCUCCUCUCAUGGGCCUACUGAUCAAUUCCUGGAGUUGUGAUGGUUGUAUGCAUACAUAGGAUGUGUCUGAUUGUUUGAGCACUCGUGUGCCAAAGUACGCAUGUAGCAGCAGCACUGUUGAUAGGUGGAGUAAUAAGAUGUUAACCCGGAAUAGCUGUAGGACUUUGAGCUCUUAAGCUAAAGAUGGAGCUGCCCUAUAGUCCACGGGGUACAGGACUGUUCACCUUUUCUUUGGAAAUACUGACUUUGUUUUGUUUUUGUUUUUUUCUCCAGUGUUGUACUUGUGAUUUCUGUAUUGUUAUCAAAAUGAUGAAUUCAACCAAUUACUUAACUGGAACAUGUGUAUUUUAAACCAGCUAGAAAGAACAUUAUUAAGCUUCUCCUGGACACACUCAAGUAAUAAACAGUUAAGUCUUAGUCUUAAUUUACUGUAUAAAAAGUACAUGUAUGAAUGUGUGCAUAUAUGACUCAUCAGAUUCAGGCUGUUAAAGAUGGUACGCUCGAGGAAGAUGGAAGCCCUGGUCGUUCUUUUUACAACAACAACAACAGCAGCAGCAGCAGCAACACCUGAACUGGGAGGCUAAUUUCAAACGGGGCUGUGGGCUCUUGAGUUUAUCUGUUGGAAGGGUCACUGCUUGGUCUGCCCUGACAGAAGGAUAUAUAAUAAACAAUAGCAUCAGCUUGA